CAGGAGAGAUACACAAAACGGAAAAUAGCUGAAACGGAAAAGCAGCUGCAGCUGCAGUCCAUAAUCACAUCCGCAUUCCGUGUUGUCACAACGUUGUAACGCACUUCUCUUCUGAUUGCAAAAUAAUCGCAUUAUUUGCAAAAUAUACACAAUUUGAAAAAAUUAGCAAAUUUUGCACAACUUGAUUAACAGGAUUUGAUUCUGCAUGGAGCUGCAACUGGAGAACACAUUCCUGGUGGCAUUUGUGGCCGGUCUGUUUGUGGAAGUGAUUUGCAUGCUCCACUUAAUGGUUGACACUUAUGAUGUAUUCAGCAACCUGCUGGGCAGCAUCAGUGUUUGGUACAAUAGCAACUAAAGCAGUGCACCCACAACAACAAUAACAACACCACCAACAACAACAACAGAGCGUGCUUUCUUCACCUGUUGCAGGUGCAGUAACUGUUAUGGCGAGUAGAAAUCAACGACCAUUCUGGGCCAAUCGCAUGAAGAGCUAUCAAUGCAAGCAGGCCAACAUUAAUCGGCUAAUUAUGAGUUAUUUACUGAGGGAGGGCUACAAGGACGCAUCGCGCUCGUUUCAAGCACAAGCCAAGCUUGAAUCGGGUGCCAAGUUGGACAGUGCGGAGUAUCGAAAUGCAGUGCGAGCUGGUCAAUUGCAGUAUGCCAUGGAGAUGGCCAAGAAACUAUACAAAAAGUUUGAUGCCGACAAUUACAUGUACUUUCACAUGCAGCAGCUGCAACUCUUUGAAAUACUCCGUCAACGGAAGAAAGCUGAAGCAAUCAGCUCGAAUCCUGACGCAGCAGUGAAUCCUUCCCCACCACCAGAGAAGCUAACGGGCACUCCAAUUGCCGACAUCUGGUCGUUGGCAGACAAUAGUGAUCUCGACUCGUCCAUAUUGAAGCUCGAGGAGACCAAGAGCAUGGAGCCUCGCCUGGUGUUCCUUAUCAAGCUUAUUCUUUGGGCCCAGAACAAGCUCGAUAAUGAACAUGUGUGCAUCGAUCACAUGCGACAAAAUUUCGAAAUGGAUAGCGUUGGCGAUUAUGAAAUGGAACUGAUGUGUGCUCUGCAGCACAGCGUUUAGAUCAAUGAGAUGAGGACUAGGCCUGAAAGGCGAUAAUGGUGUCUACUGCAACUAAACAAAUUUAUAUAUUUACAUAAACAUACGAAUACAAAUUUUUUUUGUUUUUUUUUUAGAUGUGCUUAAAUAUAAAUGUUCGAAUUUCUUGAUGUGUA